UGAAGAGGGUCGGUUACGACUGUCUCAGCCUCGACUUUCCACACGAAAACUCUCAGCGAAGCACCCUCAAUAUAUCUGUACAACUUUAUAUACAAUUUAAGAAGCUUUGAGACAAAACCGAUAAUUGCAUAAACUGUCGCGAGGCACCUGUCGGACACAUCCAUGUUUUACGUCUUCAGAAUGUCUUGAGAAAGACGCUCUGAUUGUCCACCCUGCAAGCAAAGGUGUGAUGGAAGCGGCCAGUACUUCCCUCAGAGAUGACUGCCCUCCCUGGGAAGAUGUGUCUCUGUCUGCCCCUCACAGAGACGAUGGUCUACUGGUCACCCAUGUCAACCAAACACAGGACUUACUGAUGCUGAAUCCACGGUGUAAUGGGAGGUCACAGGGUCAGGCUGCGGAGUGGAAGAGCUCCUCUGAUUGGCUCCUGACCCACAGUCUCUACAGCUCCAGCCUCUCCCUAUCAACACUCCUCUCACAUGGGACCACCAAGAUCAGUGCUGAGGAGGACGGAGGCCACAGCAGACAGCUGGAGAUCACUGCUGCAGCACUCAUUCACUUUGACUUCCAGCUGUACCAGGCCAUUGAGCUGUACCAUGGCAGAAUAAGAUGGCUGAACCAAGGAAGUAUGAAGGUGUUUGGGCUGGUGAAGGGGUCCAGAGUAGGGGUCAUAGUUGACACCUCAGAUGUUAACUGCACCAAGGACAGACUGCCAGAUCUACAGAGGAACCUCCUGUCUCUGAUAGAAGAGCAGCUCAGCUGUAAGCGUCAGCUGUACCUGAUGUCCUGUGGUACUGAGACCAACAGCCUUUGGGACGGCCCCAGAGACGUCGACACCUUCAG